AUGUGGACCACCACCUCCGGCUUGCGGGGCAAGAAGCUCCAUCUUGCCAUCACAUUUACAUCCGUCGUUGGAUUCUCACUGUUUGGUUAUGAUCAGGGUUUGAUGUCCGGUAUCAUUUCUGGUACCGAAUUCACUCGGGAGUUCCCCGCCCUCUAUGGUGAAUCGGAGCAUGUCGCCGUCCUUCGGGGUGCGGUCACUGCCUGUUACGAACUAGGCUGUUUCUUCGGUGCUAUCUUCACUAUGGCCUACGGUCAACGUAUUGGUCGUACUCCUCUCUUGGUUGCCGGUGGUCUUCUCAUGAUCCUUGGUACUGUUAUCUCUACGGCUGCCUUCGGCCCCCAUUGGGGACUGGGCCAGUUCGUUAUCGGACGUGUCAUUUCCGGUCUUGGAAACGGCAUGGACACCGCUACUAUCCCCGUCUGGCAGUCGGAGUGUUCGCGCGCUCACAACCGUGGUUUCCUCGUCUGCUUCGAGGGUGCUAUCAUCGCCGUCGGUACCUUCAUCGCCUACUGGCUCGACUUCGGUCUCUCUUAUGUCAACAGCUCCGUCCAAUGGCGGUUCCCUGUCGCCUUCCAGAUUCUGUUCGCCAUUCUCGUCACUGGAGGUGCUCUCAUGCUCCCCGAGUCGCCUCGUUGGUUCGUCAUGCAGGGUCAUGACCAAGAGGCCAUUGAGGUUCUCGCCCGGCUCAACGAUAGUGCCCCCGAUGCGGAGGAUGUGCUUGCCGAUUUCAAUCUCAUGAAGGCCGAUCUCGCCGCCAUGCAGAAUGUAGAGUCCAGCAGCUGGGGUAUCCUGUUCACUGGAGGCAAGACUCAGCACUUCCAGCGUAUGAUGAUCGGUUGCUCGGGACAGUUCUUCCAGCAAUUCACUGGUUGCAACGCCGCUAUCUACUACUCGACCCUCCUGUUCCAACAGAACUUGCACAUGGAUGGCAAGCUCCCCCUGGUUCUCGGAGGUGUUUUCGCUACCGUUUACGCUCUCGCUACCAUCCCAUCCUUCUUCAUGAUCGAGAAGGUCGGUCGCCGUAACCUGUUCUUGAUUGGUUUCCUCGGUCAGGGUCUCAGUUUCAUUAUUACCAUGGGAUGCCUCAUCGACUCGAAUACGCAAAACGCCAAGGGUGCCAUCGUCGGUAUCUUCUUGUUCAUCUGCUUCUUCGCCUUUACUACGCUGCCUCUGCCCUGGAUCUACCCUCCCGAGAUCAACCCCCUCCGCACCCGUACCAAGGCCGCUUCCGCUUCCACCUGCAUGAACUGGAUCACCAACUUCGCCGUCGUCAUGUUCACUCCUGUGUUCUCCAACCAGUCUGACUGGGGUAUCUACCUCUUCUUCGCCCUGGUCAACUUCAUCGCCAUUCCCUUCGCCUGGUUCUUCUACUGUGAGACCGCCGGUCGUGAUCUCGAGGAGGUUGACAUCAUCUUCGCCAAGGCCCACGUGGAGGGCAAGUGGCCGUACAGGGUCGCACAGGAGAUGCCCAAGCUCACCAUUGCCCAAAUCACCCAGAUGCAGGCCGAGCUGGGUCUCGAUACCUCCGACCUACGUAUCAACACCGAAGCCGAGAAGGCUGAGACUGCCAUGAGCAGCAGUAGCGAGACCAAGCACGACGAGGCCAAGCACGAGUAA